GAGGUCCUUCCUAAGAAUUACUGAGGGGUCAGAUUUUGGUGGGACACCCCUGAUCACAGAACAAAUAAAAUGAGACGUUCUUUUCCAAACCUCCUCCUCCUGUUUUUCAUCAGCCAACCCCCUCUCAUAUUUCUGCACCCCUUCCGUCACCUCCGCCCCCCACCUCCAUCCAUGCAGCCCCCUCCAGCCCUCGCCGCGGCGGCGUGACUGGGGAAGGCGGAGCUCUUCCCCUCGCUGAGCUGCUGCUGCUGCCGCCGCCGCCGCCGCCUUCAUUCGCCCUCCUUCUCCAACCCGCAGCCAAGAUGGUCCGUUGCCACUGAAGAACAAGACGAGCCGGACUAUUUUGGUGGUUUUUGCGACGGCGUGAGAAGGAAAGCAGGCGGGCCAAGGGGGACAGGCGUAGGCCGGGAAACACCCACCCGAAUCGGGCCAAGAGGACGGCCGACAUCGGCGAUCGACACCCCCGCGAAGGCGCCCCCUCCGCCGCCGCCGCCGCCACGUCCCGCCACAUCACUCCAUCCUCGCGAAUUAGGAGAGAAAGGAUUAUCGCCGCCGCCAUCGACUCGAGAACAUCGGAGGCCCGGACUUGGCGGCGCUCCUCCCCGGCCGCUGCAGGGUCCUCCCAGCCGGGGAUGCGGCGCCUUGUGCGGGAUCGAGUCGGACGGACAGCCGGGCUCUCGGCCGCAGUGGACCCAUGAAAGACAUCUGACACAGGCACAGAUGGGAUGAAAAUGCGGCGGCACAGGGUGUUCUUGCUGUGCACGGUGGGCCUGUGCGUCAUCUCCUUCCUGCACUACUACAAGGCCCUCCACUAUGUGUCCCUGCUGCGCGAGCUCUCCGCGCCGUACCCCAACAUCAAGUCCUUCAUCAUGGUCACCGGAUUCUUCUGGCAGGAGAAGGGAGCCGGAAGCGGCGCGCCGCUCAGCCCCGCUUCCCCCGAGGAGGCCCCCCCGCCGCCGGUCCUCCGCCCUUCGGCCCCCAAAGCCAGAGGGGGCGCGCCGCAGGGGGACCGGCUGGGGGCGGCGGCCGACUCGCAAGGGACCGGCGCGGCGGGCGGCGCGGGACUGCCGAUGAGGAUCGGGGAGGUGCCGGCGCCUCCUCGCCCUUGGGAGAAACCCGGCGAGAACCCGAGGGGGGACCUUCCGAGCCCGCAGCAAGAGGAAGAGCGCCUUCCCCCGCGCGAACCCACUCACCCGCCCCAUCCGGCGGUGGUCCUCGAAGCCGGACCGACGACCGCCUCGUCGGAAUCCAUGGGGGACCUGCACACCCGUACUUACCAGCUGCAGGACGACGAGACGCCGUACUUUACUCGAACCCGAGCCGGGGCGCUGUGCUUCCGGCAGGGCACUGAGGUGGCCGCCCCCAAGGAGAACGGUGGCAAAGCGGGCGGCGCCGGCGAAGGCGGACGCCCCGCCGCCGCCACCGGCGGGUAUCGAAAACCUCUGCAAGUCCAGCAGCGGCGGGCCUUCGUCACGCCCAAGUCCAAGACCAGGGUGACGAGGGGCGGGCGGCGGCUGGUGAAGUGCGUGUGCCGGCCCGGCUGGCACGGCCCCUACUGCGGGGUGCCCACCAUGGUGUACCACUCCAACCUGCCCACCAAGGAGCGGCUGACGCCCCGAGAGACGCCCCGCCGCGUCAUCAACGCCAUCAACGUCAACCACGAGUUUGACCUGCUGCACGUCCGCUUUCACGAGCUGGCGCAGGCCGUGGACCUCUUCCUCGUUUGCGAGUCCAACUUCACCGCCUACGGGGAAAAAAGACCUCUCAGUUUUCUGCGUCUGCUCCUGAACGGAACUUAUGACUACGUGCGCCACAAGAUCCUGUACGUGUUCCUGGACCAUUUCCCCGAGGGCGGGCGGCAGGACGGCUGGAUCGCCGACGACUACCUUCGCACCUUCCUGACGCGCAACGGCAUGUCGCGGGUGGAGGGCGGCCGGCCGGACGACGUCUUCGUCAUCAACGACGCCGACGAGAUCCCGGCUCGCGAGGGCCUCCUCUUCCUCAAAUUGUUUGACGGCUGGACUGAGCCCUUCGCCAUUCACAUGCGCAAGUCUCUGUACGGCUUCUUCUGGAAGCAGCUGGGCUCCCUGGAGGUGGUGUCGGGCUGCACGACGGGCAUGCUGCGCGCCGUCUACGACGGCGACGGCAUCAAGCUGCGCCGCCGCGAGUACUACACCAUGCCGGCCUUCCGCAAGUACGAGAACGACACGGGCCACAUCCUGGUGCAGUGGUCCCUGGGCAGCCCCUUCCACUUUGCCGGCUGGCACUGCUCCUGGUGCUUCUCGCCCGAGGGCAUCCUCUUCAAGCUGGUGUCGGCCCAGAACGGCGACUUCCCGCGCUGGGGCGACUACGAGGACAAACGCGACCUGGGCUACAUUCGCCAGCUGAUCCGCACGGGCGGCUGGUUCGACGGCUCCUUGCAGGAGUACCCGCCCGUGGACCCCAAGGAGCACAUGUACGCCCCCAAGUACAUGCUGGACCACUACCAGCGAUACCGCUACCUCCUGGAGAACCCGUACGCCGGACGGCGCUGAGACCGGAUCGGACGCAAACCACUGGAUGUGCCGAGUAUUUUAAGUUCGUGUCUUCUUGUCACGUUCCCACUUGUGGAUUGCCAGUGCGUGUGUGUGUGGGGGCGGGUGGGGUUUUUUUUUCAGUAGU